GCAAACAAAGAGGAAUAACAUAUUAUGGAUAAUAUGAUAAUGUCCUUAGAGGAAACACGUCGUACCCAGCGACCAUAUCGCUACGGGAUGAUGUUACUAUGUGUUGGCGCUUUAGUGAAUUGGUUAGGAUUAGCAGAAAAUUAUUCUGAGCCUGUGCGAUACGCGGGUGUUGCUUGUAUCUUAGCAGGUGCCUGUCUGAUAUGUACUGCAAUGUGUUGUUGGCUACACACACCUGGCCGUUCUGGCGCAAAUGGUGAUGAGGGUGACGAUCCUGUACAUGUGAUAAGUACAAGCGAGGAACGACGACGCGAAAAACCACCAGAUUACGACACGGUGGCUGCAGCACCGCCAAGCUACGAUGAUGCAAUCAAACUAGAUCCAGCCGCUCUUUUACGAUUAUCAAUAGCAUCAAAUAUUACUAGCAGCAGUAAUUCGAAUACUAAUUGUGUUACUGCUGCACAUGCUAGUUCAUCCCAAACACUGAACAACGGUACCAGUGUUGCAGAUGUUUCAAGCAGUGAUGGUAGCCAAAUAGUAGAUAGUUCUAUGGUGUUUAUCGAUGAAAAAGUGUGUUCCGAGAAACCUCCUCCUUACUUAGAACAACCUACUAGCUGUGCAGCCGAUGAACAAACGUCUCAUCGCACAAACUAAUUCAACGAAAAUUCUUUAAUUUCUCCUUCAAAGCAACGAACUGUCUACAAUGUCCGGCAAGCUUUAUCGUAUUCGUACAACGGUAAAGCUUAUGUCAGACACAACAAUUAUGGCUGUGUUCGUAUUCUUAAAUUGUAAGCUACCGCAUCCAGUACGCGUUAAACAGAGGAUUUACAAAGUUUGGACAUC